AAAUACACGUGCACAAGUUGGUAACGACGAGGAAUGCUGUGCGGUUGGUACGCGACAAUUGGGCCACUGUAGUCUUCGUUUAUACGUGUGAGCGUACGCUAGUGAACUCUUAGGCGAUUGCUUCAGUGUCGGGGCGCACGAAGGCUCGUUUAGAUAUAAUUAAAGGUAAUAAUGUACAGCUCGACAGUCACAGAGUAUCAGGAGCCACCAAAGAAGAAAGUUGAAGAACAGGCGUCUGAGCCAAGUCCAUUGCCAUGCAAAGAAGAGGGAAAACAACCGUUGAUAUGGUUUAAUAUAAUUGGCAUUGGCAUUCUUCAUAUUCUUGCAUUACACGCUUUCUUCACUAAAUAUCAUGAAGCCAAGUUUUGGACGUGGAUAUUCAGUCCAGCUUGGGGAAUAUCAGCGGGAAUCGGUAUUACCGCUGGGGCUCAUCGUUUAUGGGCCCAUCGAAGUUACUCUGCUAAGUUGCCUCUCAGGAUAUUCCUAGCUAUUUUAUAUUGCAUGGCUGGACAGACACACUUUUAUAAAUGGAUAAGGGAUCAUAGAACCCACCACAAGUUUACUGAAACAGCAGCGGACCCACACGAUGCGAAUCGUGGAUUUUUUUUCUCACACGUGGGCUGGCUGAUGAUGAAGCGUCAUCCAGCUGUGAAAAAAUAUGGCAGUAAAGUCGAUAUGAGCGACGUUACAGCUGAUCCAGUCAUUCAAUUUUUCGACAAGUACUAUGAAUUGAUCAUGUGUACACUGGCCUUCGUCAUCCCGACCCUCAUCCCGGUCUACAUCUGGAACGAGAGUUGGUACAUUUCCAUUCACGCAGUCAUCAUACGCUACGUAUGGCUACUUAAUGCGACCUUCCUCGUCAAUAGUUUCGCACACAUGUGGGGAAAUCGGCCCUAUAAUAGGGACGUGAAACCAACGGAAAAUGCCUCGGUGUCCUUCUUUACACUUGGCGAGGGAUGGCACAACUACCACCACUCGUUCCCCUGGGACUACAAAGCUGCGGAGCUACCGAGUUACGGCCUUAAUCCGAGCACCGCCUUUAUCGAGACGAUGGCGCGACUCGGGCUCGCUUACGAUCUCAAAACGCCGAGCAAAGAGCUCAUAGCCAAAGUCAGUGUAAAUAACGGCGAUGGGACAUACAGCCGAUGGGGCAUCGACCAUCACCAACGAAAAGGAACAAAGGGACUCUGAUUCACUCGAUUCCACCAGAAGCAAGAUUAUUUAGUUGUCAGUGGUACUAGUAGUAGCGUAUUGUGCAAUUAAAAUGCUGCGUUUUCUAAUAGCUUCGCCUAAUAUCUUGAAAGCUGUGGAGGAUUGAAGCUUCACGAUUGCAAUUAUUUAUAAGAAAUGUGAUAAGUAU